AUGGCUUUGGUUCAGUCGAUGAUGAUCAUCUUGUCAGUCAUAGUAGUAGCAGUACCUUUUGCUGAGAGUCAAGUAGAUGAUCAAUGGCAGCAAACAAGUUACGGAAUUGAAACACAAAAGAUAACACGGCUACACUUAUUCUUGCACGACAUGGUAAGCGGAAAGAACCCAUCUGCAGUAAAAGUGGCUGAUCACUCAAACACCUACAAUUCACCAAGCUUCUUUGGUUUUGUAGCCAUAGCUGACGAUAUCCUAACGGAAGGACCUGAACCCACUUCUAAAGCAAUAGGUAGAGCACAAGGCUUGAUCGCCUUUGCUUCACGAGAAGAGUUUGCAGAGGUCAUGUCUAUGAGUUUUGUGUUCACAGACGGGGAGUUUAAAGGUAGUUCCGUUAGUAUUCUUGGAAGGAACCCAAUUCUUCAACCGGUUCGUGAGAUGCCUAUUAUCGGUGGAACGGGAAGUUUCCGAUUUGCUCGUGGAUUUGUUGUUUCAAAAACGCAUUGCGUUAAUGUUACCACUCAUGAUUUGAUUGAAGAAUAUCACCUUACUAUAAUGCACUACUGA